UUGUCUCUUUUAGUCCCGCAAUCAGCUAGUGACGUAUCCACCUACUGAUAAUACCGGCCAAUCAGAAAUGACCACAUACGCGGUCUAGAGUCCCCUGAAAACAAUUUAUUAUUCAUCUUGAGGUUGAAUAUGAACGACGCAAUCGUACGUUGUCUACGCGCGGAGGACUAUCGUAUAGAACUCUAGCGAAUAACUAUAGAAAAAGCAAGGUAGCAUGAUAAAGGAACAUUAGUCAAUUGUUUUCAAGUGCGCGGAGUGUUUACAAACGGCAAAAUGAGUGCUCCGAUCAUAAUAACGGUGCCCAACAACUACCUGGUGGAUGAUGGAGACUCCAAAGUCAUGGUCGACGUUGCGUCGCCGGCUCCGUCGCGGAAACGGCGGCUGGACCACCUGACAUGGGAGGAAAAAAUGCAAAGAAAGAAAUUAAAAAAUCGUGUGGCGGCGCAAACCUCGCGAGACAGAAAGAAAGCCAGAAUGGAUGAAAUGGAAAUACAAAUUAAGCAGUUCAAGGAAAUUAAUGACAAACUUAUCAGUGAAAUAGAGAGCUUAAAGGCGUUGAACGAGCGACUAUUAAGCGAGAACACAGCGCUUCGCAGCGAGGCCGCGACGCGGACCGUCCCGGAUGCCCAGAGACCAGCAGAGUCAACUCCUCAGCAGAAGGAGGGGCAUCCGGCGGCGAUCCGCGUGGCGCGCCUGCUGAUGGCGAUGUGUCUCCUCUCGCAGACAUCCUCGCUCACCUCGACUCCGAAGAAUACCUGGACACACUCCAUCAACUUGCAGACUCCCUCCUCCAAGAAAUUGAUGCAGGUGCUACAGGAGCGGCUCAAAAUGUCACAGUCAGGGACACUAGAGAGUGCCCUAAAGGAGCUGAAGUGGUGGGGCCCGCAGCAAAGCAACUGGAAUCCGGUGAAGGUGUUGUAGUUGACAUCAAACAUGACGUCGACAGGAUAUUGUCGCAGCAUUCCUACGCGCAUCCCUUCCCGAGCAUACUCGUCACUGAGCCGCAGGACACAGUACAAAUCAAAGAAGAAAAUAAUGAUAAAGGAGACAUGUUCUACGCGAGUUGCGACGAAGCCAACGACUGUAUCACAAUAGAAGUGCCGUGCGAAGAACAAAUAGUGGAAGAAGUAACACCAGUGCAAAUUGAGACAGACUUUAAUCACCUUACGGACAAUUGUUCCGGCAUUACACUGGAGUGCGACAUGAAGAUGCUGUCGCCCAUGUGUCUCUCACCGAAAUCGGUGGAGGAAAACCUCCUUUCUCCCACGCACACGAGCCUAAGCUCCGAUCUUGGUUACGAGUCGUUGUCGUCGCCCCUCAGUGAAUCUGACUCCAUGGACUUGUCAGAUUUUUGGUGCGAAUCAUUCUCAGAACUGUUCCCCGGACUUGCUUAAAACGCGGGCGUUCUGUACAAUUAUUCCCACCAAAGACUGAUUAGGUUAGGUUAGGUUAUGAAUCUAAUUGUAAAUGACAAAUUAAUAUAUGACAAUUUGUAUUUGUAUAAGUGGUUAAAUAAGUUCAUCGUAGGGAUGUAAGUAAGUGCUGUAAAUAAACAAUAUUCUGUCAAA